AAUUUGAGUGGGAUGCCUCAAUUGGAAAUCUUGUUAAAGAAAACUUUGAUCAACUUGCCGCUACCCGUCUCAAAGGAAUGGUUAGUCUCGCAAAGUCAAAUGGAGAAAAACCUGAUUGGAUUUUGUCUGAUUACUGGAGGGUAAUGUCUGAGUAUUGGAGAACAUCAAAGGCCAAAGAUAAAAGUGAGAAAGCUCGGGCUUCUCGUCUAUCUAGACGUGAUGGUUUAGGUGUACACCGACACAGAGCAGGCUCACGUUCUUAUGCAAAAGUUCAGGAUGUUUUGGAGGCAAACAAUGAAGACUCUUCUUUCAUUGCUGUGCUGAAAAAAACACACCAGAAAUCUGAUGGAACUUAUGUUGAUGAAAGAGCUCGACUAAUUGCUGAGAAAUUUGAUGAAUGUGUUCAAGAACGCUUGUCUGAAAUGGAAAAUUCUAGUGGAGAGGAUUUGACAAUAGACAAUCUCACCCUUGAAGAGAAAAAUGAAAUCUAUUCUAAGAUUGUUGGAACAUCAAAACAAGGUCGUGUAUUUGGACUUGGGUCACUCCAAAGAGGUGUUUUAAUGCCUUUAGAGUCUUCGACGGGUUCUCCACUAGGUAGUGCAGAUGUGGAGACAAUAACUCAUCGAGUGGGAGAGCUUGAAGCUGAAUUGCAAAAGAGUCAUGAUGAGUAUGAAGACCUUAAGAAACGAAUUGAAGAUGUGGAGGCUUUCUGCUUCAACACAAACUAGUGUGGCUAUGGUGUUAUUUCUGGUUUUGGUUUUUGGUGUUAUUUUAUUGGUUUUUAGUUGCUUUAUUCACUUGCUAUGAUUUUUUUCAUUUAAAUUUCUGUUCAAGUUUAAACUAUAUUUAUAAUUUUUUAAUGUUAUGGAAUUUUUAUUUUCAAUAAUUUGUCUUUAUCAGAUUUUUUUUUUUGGAAAAAUAAUUAUCAAAAGUACGUUGUAAUAUAGCUAAUAUUUACAGAAUAUUUAUAAAAAUAAAAAUAUAUGGAUAUAAAUAUAAUUCCGUAAGAUUGUGACUAAUUUAAUAAAAGUAAUCACUACAACUUUUACAUCUAAAUUAGUAGCUAAUUAAGAUGGAUUUGUGAUGUUUUUUUAGUGAAGAAUUGUGACGGAUACGUGACAAAAUAUAAGUAUCUAAUUAAGACUGAUUUGUGACAAAAUUCCUGACAAUUUGAGUGACAAAACUAGACUGUUUAGUGACUACGUAUCGGUCCUCAGUUGUGACGGAACUGUUACUCAUUUUCAGUGACAAUACAUAACAUAUCUGUGACUGCAAAUUAGUAGCAAAAUUAGACUGUUUAGUGACUAUGUAUUAGUCCUUAGUUGUGACGAUUGGAGACCAAUGUUUCGUCGCACCGAGUUACGAAAAUGAGACGGUGUAAUGGUCACAUAAAAUGACGGUUUUGUGACAUGAUUAUUAGUUGCUAAUUGUGGCUGUUUUGUCACUUACAUAUAUCGUCACGACUUGUGUCGGACUUGUUACGGUCUCAAUACGUUGCAAAAUUGUUACGUUUUUGAUACCAAAAAAAAUUUGUGACGAUUGUAUUGCAACCGUUUGCAAACAGUUACAAAUACGUCACAAUGUCAAUAUUAAGACGAAAUAUUUUUUAUUGUGACAAAAUAUUUCGUAACAAUACACUCAUUUUCUUGUAGUGAAAUAAUUAUAAUGAGAAAGCUAACGGUAGAUAAUUAUCCAAGCUAAUAUAGGAGGAAUCCUAACAGAUGAC